AUGGCAACACUUUGUAACAAUUCUGAACGAUGGUUAGUUUAUGUUCCAGAAGAACAAUUACCUGUAAAACCAUACCGAGAAGUGAUCGAUAGUCAUCUUAACGGUUUUGCAUCUGAUAUAUCGUCUUUGGCGAUAAGCGCAUUGAUCUCGAUUUUGUUUACAGCAGGCACACAAAGGACAGAUGGAUUGAAAAUAUUCCACGCACGCACAGCAUCGAACGAAUUCUGCUGCUAUUCCUCGCCGAUUGUCAUGUAG